UUUUUAGAGUGUUUGUUUUAAGAGAGAGAAGUUCUGAAAAUUGCAAGCAAGGCAGCGGCGGCGAUCAUCGGAGAUGGAUCCAGACGCGGUGGCCAAGGCAUUCGUGGAGCACUACUACUCGCAGUUCGAUUCGAACCGCGCCGCCCUAGCCAAUCUCUACCAGGAAGGCUCCAUGUUGACCUUCGAAGGCCAGAAGAUCCAAGGCUCUCAGAACAUCGUCGCUAAGCUCACCAGCCUCCCCUUCCAGCAGUGCCAGCACAGCAUCACCACCGUCGAUUGCCAGCCCUCUGGCCCCGCCGGCGGCAUGCUCGUCUUCGUCAGCGGCAACCUCCAGCUCGCCGGUGAACAGCACGCCCUCAAGUUCAGCCAGAUGUUCCAUCUGAUGCCUACUCCACAAGGAAGCUUUUACGUCUUCAAUGAUAUUUUCCGAUUGAACUACGCUUGAAGCAUGAAGGCAAAGGUUGAUCACCCACAUUCAUCUGGUGGGAUUAUGUGUGAUCUCUCUUAUGUUUAGUUCUAGACAUAUUGAAUCAAUUGGAAAGUCUGAACUUUCAUGUCAAUUUUAAUGUUUUGUUUCUGAGGUCCGAAGAUUUGAUGGUAUGGUAUGGUACUUGGUUGUUAUUGGUUGACUUGAUGAUAUUUUACCUUUGCUGGGUGAUUAUCUAAAUGAAAACAUUAAUGAGGGUUUGCGAUAUAGAA